UUGAUCAACCUGGCUCAAACUUCAAACUCGGAAAGUGGAAGGCGAAAAGUUGAUCUUGUCCUAUUUGUGAGAUCUGCUGGCACUCUGUACUCUGGACAAGGAUAACCUCGGAAAAUGAUGACGUUCAAUUCCGCUGAGUCAGUUCGGUACGUGGAGAUGGGAUGGAGAUGAAGCAUUUCAGCGUGUAUAGGGUAGAAUAGGUGUCGUCAUCAGACAUUACUAUCUCUGGCGCUUCUAGAUCCAUCAGAUGAGCAAGUGAAAAACAAUAAAAUAUACUCACUUCCCAUCUCAAUCUCACAAUGUCUCCUACCAGUAGAAUCACCCUCGUAAACAACCACCUCCAGCCCAAAAUGUCCACCCACCAACAAACCCUCCUUAACAAGGUAGCCAUCAUCAGUGGCUCCUCGUCUGGUAUAGGCGCCGCCAUCGUCCGCGAGCUUUCCCAGCGCGGCGCAAACACAAUCGUCAACUAUCCCUUCCCCAAUCUCCAAUCCGAAGCAGAGAGGCUGGUUCCCUCACUCCCUUCACCCUCCAUCGCCGUGGAGGCAGACAUGUCCACGACCAGCGGACCAGAGAAACUCGUCAACGCGGCGGUCUCGAACUGGGGAAAGGUGGAUAUCGUGGUGAAUUGUGUUGCGCUGGCGGUGAAUAAGCCCUUCGAGGAGCAGACGCUGCAGGAUUGGGAUUUGUUGGUGAAUAUCAACGGGCGAGGAACGUUCUUAUUGACGCAGGCUGCUUUGAAGCAUUUGACUAGGGGCUCUGGGAGGAUUGUCAAUAUCGUGAGUAUCUCUGGGCGGGGGCCUCCUCCGAAUCAGACGAUUUAUGCUGGGACGAAGGGGAUGGUGGAUUCGUUUACCAAGUGCUGGGCAAAAGAACUUCCUCCCAAGUAUGGAUGCACUGUCAACGCCAUCAGUCCUGGUCCUACCAAGACCGAGGGCUUUGCUGCUGCCGGAGAAGAGCAGAUGAAGACUCUCCAGCCGAUUAUUGACCAGACACCAGUUGGGCCCAGGAUGGCAGAGCCGGAUGAGAUUGCUUUUGCCGUGGGGUUUCUGUGCGAAGAACGGGCUAGGUGGAUUAAUGGAGCUCAUAUCGUUGCCUCUGGAGGGCUGUUUAUUGAUUAGGAUGGAUGAUACAAUAGUAUAUUGUCAGAAAGCCUCUUUUAUUCAAGGCAGAAUAAAACUAUAAAUGCUAAGGGGUAACUCUAUUAAAAACACAGAAGAAAAUCGUUUUCACCAACUUUCCAAGAUCCAUCAUCCAGACGGGAUAUAUCUCGUAACAUGGUAGAUGCAAGUGAGCAACAAGGUCCAGACCCGCUGUUCAAGAGGACAAAAAUGUCAUGUUCAAUCAUGUUCAUCCCUCUCAGG